AAGAAGAGACCAGCUGUGUUUAUUCCCUCUGUACUGUUGGCUGUUAUCGGUCAGCAUCCCGUCGUCACCGCUCCUCAAAGCCAACUUUUACAGAAAACAGACACACAGCUUUUUGAAGAAUAAAGAGAAACGUACCUUCAUGCGUUUGCUGCAGUGACAAUGAUGGCAGGAAGGGGCAGGCUGGUGCCCUGUGUGUGUCUGGGGCUGUUUGGCGUCCUGUGCUGGGUAUGGGUCUCCUUUGCCUCCUUUCCGGACGAUCAACUUCCCCUGGAGGCUUUAGACGCAGUGGACCGUGGAGCCUUUCAUCCCCAGAGUGCUCUAUCAGAGAUGGAGUUUGCCUCCAUCAGCUCAUACAGAGGACCUGGCAACAGUGACCGCCGCAGAAACAAGGAGCUGCCCAUCAUCCUCUGGUGGAGCGGGGGGCUGUUCCCACACUUUCCUGGUGACACUGAACGCAUUGACUGUGCCACGUCCUCCUGCCUGGUCACGAGCAACCGCAAGGUCCAGCUGUACAAGCGGACAUCCUCCAUCAUCUUUUAUGGGACAGACUUCAGAGCAUAUGAGGCACCGCUCCCUCGUCUCCGCCACCAGACCUGGGCGCUGUUCCACGAGGAGUCACCCAUGAAUAACUACGUCCUUUCUCACGCGCCGGGAAUCAGGCUCUUCAACUACACCGCCACCUUUCGCAGGGAGUCUGACUACCCUCUGACCCUGCAGUGGCUGCCCUCGCUGGACUACCUGCUGCAGCCCGUGGCCGUGCCCCUGCAGGAGAAGAACCGCCUGAGGAGGGAGGGCCUGGCCCCCGUGCUUUAUAUGCAGUCUCACUGCGAUGUACCAUCAGACAGAGACAGAUACGUCAAGGAGCUCAUGAAGUACAUCAAGGUGGACUCUUACGGGAAAUGCUUGAACAACAGACCCCUACCCGAACAUCUAGAGGACACGUCCACCGCUACCGGCGAGGAAGCAGGAUUCAUGAAUUUCGUCGCACGCUACAAGUUCCACCUGGCGCUGGAGAACGGCCUGUGUCCGGACUACAUGACAGAGAAGCUGUGGCGGCCCCUCCAUCAGGGCUGUGUGCCUGUCUAUCGAGGCUCCGCUGCAGUGGCGGACUGGAUGCCCAACGACCACUCUGCAGUCAUCAUAGAUAACUUCCCCUCGCCAAAAGCUCUCGCUGACUUCCUCAAGCGUCUGGACGAGAAUGAUGACGAAUAUGCAAAGUAUUUAGAGUUCAAGAACCCCAGCCGAAUUACCAACACUCGCUUGCUGGAGGCUUUAGAGACUCGCGAGUGGGGGGUUAAUGACAUGACUAAACCUAACUACCUGAAUGGAUUUGAAUGUUACGUGUGUGACCAGGAGAAUGCAAGACUGGCAGCAGAACGAGCAUAUAAGAAAGCGCCUAAGAAGAACCAACCUCCUCAGCCUAAAAUGGCCGAUAACUCUCACAUGGGAUGCCCUCUGCCCAGCCCCGGGUACGGAGACGUCCAAGACUUAUCUGCAGAUGACGGAUGGCUACAAAUAUGGCCUCAGGAUUACUGGCAGAGUCUGGACCAAGCAGAGGGGCUGGAGUCUCUGAUAAGACAUAACGAGUCAGACCCUUCACUGCUGUGGAAGCACAUCCAAAACAUAGCUGUGAGCAGAGCCAGAGGAAAACACUGACACAGGCCUCGAAACAAGCAGGAGGAUGGAGCACAUCCAGGCGUACAGGGGUGUCCCAUAUUAUGCAUCCCCUCUGUUCAAACGAGGGAAGGAAGCAGAAAUGACUCAUAUUUUUGCACCUGAGCCAAAACUCCCUUUAUUCUCAUGAGCAGUGUAGUUAUACUGUAACAGAUUUGGAUAUUGCAUUCAGCUGACAUGAUACUUUUGUCCUUCAUUCCAAGUUCAGUAAUGGGAAAAUAACACUAUAUGCUAAUAUUUUCAAGUUGGUUUAUCACUAUAACCGAGGUGCCAUCGUUGCCCUCACUCAGCCUUGCAUUGUUAACAUUAACUGCAUACAGUGCAGUUAUUCCAGAGAUGCACAUUCUCGUGGGAGGCACACUUUGAUCGGAUUGGGGCAGAGCCAAAGACUUGUCCUCUGCACCAGGGGAGCUCUGCCUAACUGUGUGUGAAGACCAUCAAGAGAGUAGCCAAUGAACUGCAUUAGCUUCUUUACAGUUACUCAGCAGGUAGCUGAUGGUUAUUAGCUGAAGUCAUAUUUAUGUGUGCAGCUAUUUUAAGCAACUAUGCAAGGAAAACAUUAUUUCACCAAGGAAUGGAGAAAGGCAGAGCACAGCUCCCAGUGGGAAAGCACUACUACAUUUGUAAAGUACUCAGGAGCAGCUCAUCUGAUGAAUUUCUGUGAUAGAUACUUUACACUUUAACUGUAUUCUGUUACAUGAUGCAGAGAUUAUCAUUAAGUGCAAUCAUUUUGUAACAAUGCUUUUCCAAAACAUGUAACUGCUCGACUAAUGCUGCUCCACAGCAGUCUUGUGUGUCUUGUAGCACACUACCUGUGUAUCACGUAUUUCUACCAGGAUCAUAUAAAUCAUUUUAUUUUGUUAACAAAGCAUCAUACAUUGUGAACACACUAUUUUGUAUCAAGAACAAAGGAAGUAAACAUUUUGUAACAAAGUAA